AUGUCCCCUUUACCCAGUGGUGCUGCGAAGUCUGAGGGACACAAUCAGAUCCCAGGCCGUCCUCAUACCGCCGACAGUCAGGCAAAGCCAAAGCCCAAAAUAAAACCUAACAGCCUUGCCACUCCUAAACCACACACUGUCACUUUAGAUUCGCCACACAUCCGGAGAGGUCGACCCGGUGUUGAACUCAUAGCACGACGGCACUCAGUCCCUAGUCUGGCACUCUCGGUUGAGUUGCUGAUCAGACACUUCGAAUCACUAGUCCAAGACGGCGAGGAUCCACGACUCGGAUUCCGGCAGAGAGCCGUGACUGCUCCGGCCCCGAAUCUUAGAGGUCGAUACCACUCAGCUCUCAAUUCCAGACGUCGGUCUGGAACACGCCACCCACCGGCAACCGCGAUUGUCGAGAAGGUCGCAGAAGAGAGUCUGAGCCACGCAAACCCAGAGACAAACACCAGCGGCUCGGCCUCGAAGGCUUCGUCUUUGAAAAUGUGGCCAUUUGCCAACGGUGAGGGUAACCACAGAAUAGAACCGCUGGUACCUGCUGAGGACGGUUCGGCUUCGAACCAGCAAGACGCUCGAAGAAAUUCUACACCAAAAGUCGAUCAACAAGAACCAUCGAGGUCUUUGAGGCCUAGCAGGAGUCUCUCCUCGCUGAAAGUCGCAGCACAACCUCGUGGUUUGCAUAUCCCACCUGGUGCGGCGGUGUCACAAAGUUCAGAUGUCUGUGCGCAGGGCGAGGUAACCUCAACACCACUCAAAGCGGACAAAUGUGAGCAGCCACCCUCCGAGCAGACGGCACAAGAACAUGAGCAUGUGCCAGCUUCUGCGAAUGACAUGAACCCUUCUCCCAGCGGCAAAGAUAACGUAAGGAAUGAGACCGGACAUGACCCAGACCUCGCAUCGACGGACGGUGCUUUAGAAGCGGCAUCCAUUACCAGUCCGGCAUCAGCUGACUCAAAACAGAGCUCUUCUCCUACUGAUGUGAGAGAUUAUGGUUCCCAGUCAGCGCAUAUCAUUAAAUCAACAGAGUCUGAAGAACCGGAGUUGCCUGUUGCAGUGGAGAAAUUGCAGCCUUCGACACCCAAGCCUCUGCCGGAAGGUGAUAACGAAACUCUCAGAGAUGACCUCUCAAGCCAUGAAACCGUACAGCAAACUUGGCCUGUCACCAGUACCAACGCGAUCGAGAGCCAUGCGGCCGAUGAUCCGCCUCAAAACUCCUCUAUUUCGGCACCAAUCCCUACUAUACGCGUGCAGCAGACAACCGAAUCAGAUGAAACGGCGCCACGUUCGGAACUACUGGCAAGCGAGAAUACAGAGAAUCGUCCAAGUGAAGCUCCAGAGAAGGUGUUAGAAGCUCCAGGGAAGGUGUUAGAAGCUCCAGAGAAGGUGAUAGAAGCUUCCACAGACAGUUCUCAUGUGCCGGCUCCGGCCUCGGUGGACAUCCACAUGCAGCAUGAUGCUGCGAGUCCUCGUCCAUCAACACCUACGACUGUGCCCGAAAUACCAGGAGAUGAGACUCGAUCUGCAGCAGAUCCAUCAGUUGACAAAGUCACGGACAAAUUGGACUCUGAUCAUCCAGGACUUGCCAAGCUUGCCAUUCGAAAGGCAAGGAAUUUGGCAGGAAGCAGAUUUGUGCUCAGCAUACUGCUCGGCAGGGAGCUUGCAGAUCAGACAAAGCCACAGCUGGAAGAACUGGCAAGACCUCCAAUUAAGAGAGUGGGAAGGACUGCUCCGGCACCUGGCCCAAGUCAGGUGGAUGGGCUUGCAGAGCUCGACGGAGAUUUGGAAUCGGAUGCAGUUGAUCCGUUGUAA